AUUGGGGGUCUAAAUGUAAUUUUGUCUUUAUAAAACUCCACCAUUCCCAUUUCUUUUACGACUGCGACUCAACUCAGGAUUUCAUAUCAUUGUAUCAGAACGGAAAUCUGUAAGAAUUCGAUAAACUUUGUGGAAUAGAUAUGGAUCUCAACCAGCCUGCAGGGGAAAAUUACGCCAACCCCAAAACAUGUUUGUUCCAUGUUCUCUUCAAGGCUGGAGCAUUGGCUUUCUACAUACUUUCUGCCAUAUUUUUUGAUAACUUUGUUAUCAUUUUUGUCGUGACUGUUCUUCUUGCUGCUCUAGAUUUUUGGGUUGUCAAGAAUGUGAGUGGGCGUAUUUUAGUUGGUUUGAGGUGGUGGAACGAAAUAAAUGAUCUUGGUGAGAGUGUGUGGAAAUUUGAAUGCCUUGACCAAGAGUCAUUGGCACGGAUGAACAAGAAAGAUUCAUGGCUAUUUUGGUGGACACUUUACCUUGCGGCUGUUGCAUGGGUUGUGCUGGGGAUAUUCUCUCUCAUAAGAUUUCAAGCUGAUUAUCUCCUUGUCAUAGGAGUUUGUUUGACUCUCAGCAUAGCAAAUAUUGUUGGCUUUACCAAAUGCCGCAAAGAUGCUAAGAAGCAGUUCCAACAAUUUGCCUCACAAACUAUUGCAUCGCGGUUCUCAUCUACCAUACAAUCAGCAUUUAGUGUUGUCUAAAACAUACGAGAUGGAAGAAGCGCAGUUAUGGUCCCCUGUAAAUGUUAAAUGAUCAGACUCUAUAUUGGCCAACUUUAACCUGAGUUGUUGUUGAGCUUCUGUAGGGAUUGGGAAUACAAGAUGGCAGACUAGACAGUUUUUGUACCAAAGACAUUUUUACAGUUCUAUUUUUGUUUUGAUAAGACACGGUGAAGUUCCAAUUAACUACUUGUAUACUUGCUCUUGGCAAAUGCUUAUUUUUUGUAUGUUAUAUAUUAUAUUUUGAUCACAA